UCACUAUUUGUUCAGAUUUCCUCAUAUAUCCUAGGUUUCUCCAUCAGAAAACUCCAUAUAUCUGAUAUGUUACAAAAGUCUUAGAAUGUGUCAGUUAUAAUACAAAUGCUCAAUUGGUGGAAAAAUUAUUUUAAGUAGGCUAACAAAGAAAGACAUCUAAAGAAUGGCACUUUUAGACACUUCAGUCAUAGAACAGGUGUUAUGGAAAUGUGGGGCUGGGGUCACUUACAAAGAUGGAACCAUAAUGAACCUAAUCACUGUGAAAAUGGUGACAAAGAACUUAAGUCACAGUCCAGAAGAACUUACCUAUAAAUAUCUUAAAGAUCAAAACAAUUAACAACAGCAAAAAAUCAUUCCGAGUAAUUACUGUCAACACCUAAAAAAAAGAUGAUGAUGAUGAUAGACAAAUACAUGAUAGAUAGAUAUACAGACAGACAGACAGAUAAAUGGAUGGAUCAAUGGAUGGGCGGAUGGGUGGAAGGAUGGAUAGAUAGUCAGAUAGAUAAAUUAUUCUAAACACACACAAUUUUAGAGUUAUUUUCAGGUAACGAAGACACAUUGAAGCAUUUAAUUCUCAUGUAUCCUUCAUAAGAAUCCUGCAAGAAAGUGUUGGAAUAUGAUUUUUCAGGUGGGGAUAAACAGGUUCAUAUAACUUAUGUUAUUUGCCCAAAAUACCACUUUGUAUAUCUUACAAAUGGAGGUAUAGCACAGAAUAAAACAUAUAAAGGAAUAUUUUCAUCUAUAAAGACAAAUAAUCCCCGUUGUGAUCAAUUAUAUAUCUGUCUAAAACUCAUCUACUAUCUUGAUUGUUCCUUCCUGAACCAACUACAAUCAUGAGUUUGUGUAAGAUAAAGUUUUGAAGUAAAGUGUUCAAAUAUUUUCACAUUUUUUUUAGGUAUAUGAAAAAGAAAAAAGUUUUAAGAAGAGUCUACUAAAUACCCAUGUAUCUAACACCCAAUAGUUUAACAGUUGAUCUGUUUCUGUUUCAUCUAUCAACCUAUCCAUUAAUGUAUAAUGUGUGUGUGUGUAAAAUUUGUGGGAGUUGGGUAUAUAUUCAAAUAUCCUAAUAGGUAAAGAUUGGAUUUAUAUUAUUCAUACUGUAUUUGUAUACUAAAAAUCCACCGGAUAAGACUAUGUUAAAUCUAUUGACGAUGCUUAUGUCUCUAUCCAGAAUAGGUUUCCUGAUAGACCUAGAUGGACAAACACAAUCUAACAGUGCUGAAUGAAUUCAUUCUGACGGGAGUCACAGACCGCCCAGAACUGCAGCCUCCAUUGUUUGGACUGUUCCUCAUCAUAUACAUGAUUUCAGUGGUGGGCAACUUGGGCAUAGUCAUCCUCACCAAGAUGGACUCUAGUCUACAAACACCCAUGUACUUUUUUCUCAGACACCUGGCUAUCACUGAUCUUGGUUACUCAACAGCUGUGGGGCCCAAAAUGUUGGUAAAUUUUGUUGUGCAUGAAAAUACAAUCUCCUAUUAUUUUUGUGCUAUACAGCUAUCUAUUUUUAUAUUGUUCAUGACUAGUGAACUAUUUAUUCUGUCAGCAAUGUCAUAUGACCGCUAUGUGGCCGUCUGUAACCCUCUGCUCUACACAGUCAUCAUGUCACAAAGGAUAUGUUGUGUGCUGGUGGUGAUUCCCUAUCUCUACGGCACAUUUGUUUCCCUUCUCCUCACCAUAAAGAUUUUUAAUUUAUCCUUCUGUGGCUACAAUGUCAUCAGGCAUUUCUACUGUGAUGCUCUCCCCUUGUUGUCUUUGCUCUGCUCAAACACACAUGAAAUCAAAUUGAUCAUUCUCAUCUUAGCAGUUUUUGAUUUAAUUUCAUCCUUCCUAAUAGUUCUUGUUUCUUACCUGCUCAUCCUUGCAGCCAUUUUCAAGAUGAAGUCAGCUGAGGGCAGGCACAAGGCCUUCUCCACCUGUGGAUCCCACCUGACAGUGGUGGUAGUGUUCUUUGGGACUUUAAUCUUUAUAUACAUGCAGCCCAAGUCCAGUUCCUCCUUUGACACUGAUAAAGUGGCUUCCGUAUUUUACACGCUGAUUAUCCCCAUGUUGAAUCCCUUGAUCUAUAGUUUGAGGAAUAAAGAUGUAAAGUAUGCCUUACAUAGGACUUUGGGACAAUUAUGUAAUAUAUUUACUCAAAGUUUGCUAUACCAUAUGAUUCAUAUAAAUUACAUUAUGGGCUUUAAACUGUUUUCUGUGUGCCUCCAGAGGGGAUAGCAAGCACAAAAGUACAGAUA